AUGGAAAGAAAUACUAUUCCCUCAUCUAUCAGUGAUCAUGUUUUAGGUUUAACAGACAAGCAUGGAACCGAUUGUAGGAGAAAUAAAUCAGUGUUAUUAGAACAUACUAUUUCAUUACCAGUGGAAGAAAAUUUCUAUCUUGAUUCUAACAGUAAUAUUACUAAUAAUAAUAAUACUAGUAGUAUUAAUCAAAAAAAUAACCCUAUUUAUCAUGAUUCAUUCCAACCACAUCGAACACAAUCAGUUCGACCACGAAUGGUUGCCAGAUCAUCGGUAAACUAUCGUCAUCCACAAUCAAGGACUAGUUUACAACAUCCUGUACAUUCACAUAGUUUUGUUAAUCAAUCAAAUAAACAGUUGGACAGUGAUCAUUAUUAUCAACCUUUACAAAAUACACUUAGUCAUACACCGUAUAAUACUGAAAAUAAUAGUGUCAAUCAAUCUGUGGAAUAUUUGUGUUAUUCUUCUCCGUUAGAUCCAUUGUCAGCUGAACAAACUAUGGAUUCACAAUUAUUAUCCUCGUCACUUAGUCCAGAAUUUAUGGGCAGUUCACCAAAAGAACCACGUAUUGAUGAUCUACUGAUAAAUCAGAAAAAAAUAAAUCGUUCACCAAAAUAUUUUGAUAAUAUUACUGCCAAUACUACCAAUACAAUUAAUAGUAGUAGUGGUAAUAUGAAUAAACUGACACGACGUGAAUCAAAGUCUUAUUCUACAACUAUUGCACCAAUCCCAUUGAUUUCUUAUCAUCAAAAUGUUAUUCCAAGUUGUAUAGAUUUAUAUUCAAAAAUGACUGAAACUAGAAAUACCAUAACAGUAGAUCGAAAAUCACCGAAUGAUGAUUUGAAUGUUGUCAGGACACUUCAACAACAACAUCCGCAACAACAUCAACAACAUAAAUUCAGUGUGAACAAAGCACUAACUCCAUCGAAAGCUCGUGUUGAACUCGUGCUAAUAUUUGUUAAAGUUGGUCAAGUCGACACAGUGAAUGAACGAUAUCAAGCAGAUAUAUUCCUUCAAGCAAGAUGGCGUGAACCAUUGUUGGAUGCAAUGUGGAAUAAAUCAAGUUUAAAAUCAAAAAGUAGCUGGCAAUUACAACCUUCCAUUGAAAAUCCAUUCACUGAUUUAACAUCAAAACGACAAUUGAAUACGUUAAAACUACAAGAUGAUGAAUUUUGGAAUCCACGUCUAUUGAUCGAUAAUGCGGAAGGUGAACCAAUUGAAAUUAUCAGUCAUGAAGUAGAAUUUGUUGAACCAGACUUUGAAGCGUAUCUUGUGGAGAAACGACGUAUUAAAGGUAUUUUUCAUGAAACUUUGGAAUUAAGACACUUUCCAUUUGAUUGUCAGGAUUUAUCAGUAACCAUCACAUGUGAUCGUACAAUUGACGAAGUGGAAUUAGUCGCUUCACCAACAGAAGUUAGUCAAGUUGAUGUAAGAUGUGCAGCUGAUAGUCAAGAAUGGAAAAUAUUUCAUCAUGUCGAUAUUAAAUCAAUGGAAAUUCAAACCGGUUAUAGCCCUGGUACAAGUAAACGUCGUCAUCCUGGUCUAGUGUUUACAAGUCGUUCAGCACGUCGUUCGGGUUAUUUUCUUGUCAAUAUGAUUUUAAUUAGUUGUGUAUUAUGUUUGCUGUCAUUUGCAGCAUUCUCUGUACCAGCUAAUGAGAAUCGAUUACAAUUAUCAUUAUUAUUAUUAUUAACUACGGUAACAUUUAAAUUUGCUGCAUCACAAAAUCUUCCAAAAAUAUCUUAUUUAACAUAUUUAGCUCGUGUUGAACUCGUUCUAAUAUUCGUUAAAGUUGGUCAAGUUGACACAGUCAAUGAACGAUAUCAAGCAGAUAUAUUCCUUCAAGCAAGAUGGCGUGAACCAUUGUUGGAUGCAAUGUGGAAUAAAUCAAGUUUAAAAUCAAAAAGUAGCUGGCAAUUACAACCUUCCAUUGAAAAUCCAUUCACUGAUUUAACAUCAAAACGACAAUUGAAUACGUUCACUCUGUUUGUUCUUACAGUUAAACUACAAGAUGAUGAAUUUUGGAAUCCACGUCUAUUGAUCGAUAAUGCGGAAGGUGAACCAAUUGAAAUUAUCAGUCAUGAAGUAGAAUGA